AUGUUCACCACACGAGGCGCCAUUUCUGUUGACUUUAUCAGUUUGAUUUCUAUCCUCAAUACCUCCUAUUUUAAUUCCUUCUUGAAAGAAACUUCUUCUUUCGUAGGGGCUGAUCCCAACAGAAAGGAUGUUGAGGGGCUAAGUGCGGAAGCAAUCGCAAAGAUCUACGACUUCAAGGGCUUCGCUGAUGAUCUCUUUGUUCGACGCUGGUAUUUGAGGGCCGAAGCCAUGAUACCCGAGCAUCUUAAUCCGCCCAUGAUGGCUUUUCAGAUGUACGAUUCGAAAUACCCAACCUGGUUCUAUGGAGACUACGGUCAGCUUUAUCUUCAGGUAUGGGUUUAA